CCACUAGGACAGCAGGAGCAGCUGGGCAGGGGACACGGAAACAUUUUAAUUACAUGAGCAAUGGAGACAAUAUUUGGUAGAAAUAAAGAAGAGCAUCCAGAGCCCAUAAAAGCUGAGGUGCAAGGUGAAUUGCCUACUUGGUUGCAAGGGACACUUCUCCGAAAUGGCCCAGGGAUGCACAUGAUAGGAGACAUGAAAUAUAACCACUGGUUUGAUGGCCUGGCUCUGCUGCAUAGCUUUACAUUUAAAAAUGGUGAAGUUUACUACAGAAGUAAAUAUCUCCGAAGUGAUACAUACAAUUGCAAUGUAGAAGCAAACAGAAUCGUGGUGUCUGAGUUUGGAACUAUGGCUUAUCCAGAUCCAUGCAAAAACAUAUUUGCCAAGGCUUUCUGUUACUUGUCCCACACCAUUCCUGAGUUCACAGACAACUGCCUGAUCAACAUUAUGAAAACUGGGGAUGAUUUUUAUGCUACCAGUGAGACUAACUUCAUUAGGAAAAUUAAUCCACAGACUCUGGAGACACUAGAGAAGGUUGACUAUAGCAAAUAUGUAGCUGUAAAUGUGGCAACUUCUCACCCGCACUAUGACAGUGCUGGAAAUGUUCUCAACAUGGGUACUUCCAUAGUUGAUAAAGGAAAGACAAAAUACAUUUUAUUUAAGAUUCCUUCGUCUGUGCCAGAAAAAGAAAAGAAGAAAUCUUGUUUUAAACACUUGGAAGUGAUGUGCUCCAUUCCUUCUCGCUCUCUUCUACAUCCAAGUUACUACCACAGCUUUGGAAUCACAGAAAAUUAUAUUGUCUUCAUAGAGCUGCCACUCAAACUAGAUAUUGUCAAAAUGGCAACUGCUUAUAUCCGAGGUGUGAGCUGGGCUUCCUGCCUUGCCUAUCAUAAGGAAGAUAAGACUUGGUUUCACUUUGUAGACAAGAAGACCAAAAAGGAUGUGUCCACCAAGUUUUAUACUGAUGCUAUGGUGCUUUAUCACCAUGUUAAUGCUUAUGAAGAAGAUGGCCAUAUUAUUUUUGAUGUUAUUGCCUAUGCAGACAAUAGCCUGUAUGAUACGUUCUAUUUAAAAAACUUAAAUAAAGACUUUGAAGAAAACACCAAGCUUACCUCUGUGCCAACCUGCAAGAGAUUUGUUGUUCCUCUGCAGUAUGACAAGGAUGCAGAAGUAGGUUCUAAUUUAGUCACACUUCCAUCUACUGCAACUGCUGUAAAAGAAAAAGAUGGCAGCAUCUAUUGCCAGCCUGAAAUAUUAUGUGAAGGGAUAGAACUGCCUCGCAUCAACUAUGACUAUAAUGGCAAGAAAUACAAAUACGUCUUUGCAACAGAAGUCCAGUGGAGUCCUGUUCCUACAAAGAUUGUAAAAUUUCAUGUCCAGACAAAGGAAACGCUCCACUGGGGAGAAGACCAUUGCUGGCCAUCUGAGCCCCUUUUUGUUCCCAGCCCUGAUGCGAAAGAAGAGGAUGAUGGUAUUGUUUUGACCUGUAUUGUGAUGUCUGAUCCAAACAAAACACCCUUCCUACUUGUUUUGGAUGCUAAAACAUUUAAAGAAUUGGGUCGAGCCACAGUAAAUGCAGAAAUGCAUCUGGACCUGCAUGGAAUCUUUAUACCAGAGAAACACGUGAAGACUGAGACUGAGUAAAAUGCUGUUUAUCCUAUCAUAUGGCCUGAGACAACUUUUUUACUGAAUGUGGAAUAAUCUGCCUUUCACCAUUCAGGACAAACUUAUCUUCUGACAAAAAAUUACUAUAUAUAAUCUCCUAAAUAACUAUAUAUAAUAUCUUAUAAGAGAUAGAAAUAACUUUUAUUACAAUAAUGAUAUGCACAAUUGGUCCAUAACUAUUCCAAAAAAAGAGUCAUCAGUAUUUUGAAAAGUGCUAAUGUUGUGUAAAAUUUGCGGAGCAGGGAAUAGGAGAGAAAGUUAAAAAGAAAUUUUUCAUUUCAGUAGAAUAUAUUUUUUUUGCAGCAAAUGGAGUACUGUAUUUAUAGUAUGAUAUAUGGCAUGAGUCAUGUUGUCUGCAGCUCCUGUAAUUUUUUUGGAUUGUCUCAAGACUGCAGAUCCUGGUGAAAGUUCUCCACUGCCAGAGAAAACCUCAAAGUAAACUAUCUGCUAUGAUACUAAUAAUUCAUGGCAAAGCAUUUUGUUGGUGCUUGAUUUCUUAAACUCCACUAUAACCAAAGUUAAGUAUUAUACUAAGGUGCUACAUCAAUUUAUAGCCUACAAAAUCUGCUUUACUAAUAGUUUUAUGGUAUAAUUUUUCCUUUUUAUGAUGACAAAAAUAAAUAACUUGAAAUAGAAUAUACGGUUUUAUGUAGCAUUAAGUUAACACUUUAGCAGUAUUGAGUCCUAGUAUUAUAAACAGUUUGUAUUUAAAUCAGUUUUGCCUGGGGAGAGUAUCUGAUAUGACAUUUAAAGUAAUUAGAUGAUUACACUGUCUAAAAGAUAAAUAGAAGGUAAUAUUUAUUAAUAUUGUUAAUUGUCUUUUUGUCUCUUUGUUAAUAACAAUAUGCAUAUGAAUGAGAAGAGUCUAUUUCUAGCAUAACUUAAAUAUACACGUUCAACAAAUUGUUUAGGUAAGAGAGCGAAAGACUUAAAUUAGACCUUAUCUGAACCACUCAGUAGCUAAAACUACAGUCUGCUGUUUUGGAAUUUGGGGCAUGGAUUUUGCUUUAAAUGACAGCUCUUGUUCUUUAAGUUGUUUUUUUCCUAUUUUAGAUACUUUUACUGUUGAAGAAAACUAGCUAUCCAUGCUCGGUGUUCAUUUGGGCUGUAUGUAUCAUCACAUGAUUUGGGUUCAAUAUAUCCAUCAUCCUGGUGUCUCUGCUACUUGCUGUUUUUUACAGGUAGAAAACAGAAUGCAACCAUUGUCACUUACUGUGUACCCAUCAGAUGAGAAUCUGGCCUUUGGUGACUUGUUCAUGAUUGCAUAAAAUGUUUAGGGCAGAGCAGAAAUUGAACCAGCAUCUCCCACAGUUCUUGCUUGCACUGUAACAACUGUACCUCCCUUUCUCUGCUUACAUCUUUACAGUUUGUAAGUAUAAAGAAUAUACGGCCUAUUUUUAAUGUAGAAAAUGUCACCAUGGUCUGAAUCUAGAAUCUAGAGUUUAAGGACAGUUUAAGGACAGUUUAGGAUGUUUAAAUAUUUAUAUAUUCCAUAAAAUGGAAAUAAACACUUCAGCAAAAUGUGUCUGCAGAAAUAGUCACUUUUGAUGUUUUCAAGGCAUAUUGCCACUACUAUUUAAGAGAAAUUUGUCACCUAAAAAAGAAAUUUAAUUCUAUUUUUUAUAAAUAACAUAGAAGCAGGGCUAAAAUGGAAGAAUGAUUUCUGACAUUGGGAAAGUACCAACUGAAGGACAUCAGCUCUGGGGCUGUUCUUUUUUUAAUCUGCCUGAGUUUGGAUAGAGGAGAUAUUUGGCUUCUGAGGAGCUAAUUCACAUUGGGCAGAAAUGACAUAAUAUGGGAAUGUCCAUCAUAAAAAUAAAUCAGAUUUGUUAUCUAACAUCUAAGAAAGCAAAUAUGUUAUGUUCAUUUAGAAAAUAAACUAUAAGAGCUUGUUUGUGGUAUUAUUUUUUAAAGUUUAU